UAAAAUAAAAAAAAAAGGAAAAGCAAGUUGAACACGUCAGGUAUUAAAGCUCUAUUGGAUGACAAUCUCUAAUGUGAGGUGCACUUAGAUGAAAUAAUAAAAUUUUUGAGGACAGAAAGUUUGGGGUGUGAUACUGGCCAGUGGGGAGUGGUCUUUUUAUAUUUGGAGAUGCCACCAUCUGCGGAUCCAGGACCCCUCUCGCAGCUCUGACCUGGGAAGUGCAGCUCUCUCCAUUGCUUUCUUUGCAGUCCGGCUGGGCUCCCGGAGCAGAGGGCACGGCCCUGGCGUGACACCUUUCUGCACUUGUGUACAAAGAUGAUUGGUGGAAGUGGAGUGGAGCCCAUCCUGGCAAGAUGAAUCUUGCUGCUGCCUAUCCCCACCGCCUGAACCUCUUCUACCUUGCCAACGACGUCAUCCAGAACUGCAAGAGGAAAAACGCGCUCAUAUUCCGCGAGUCGUUUGCCGACGUGCUUCCUGAGGCGGCUGCUCUGGUGAAGGAUCCAUCUGUCUCUAAGUCUGUAGAACGAAUUUUUAAAAUCUGGGAAGAUAGAAAUGUAUAUCCAGAAGAAAUGAUUAUGGCGUUAAGAGAAGCAUUGAGUACCACUUUCAAGUCACAGAAGCAGCUGAAAGAAAAUCUGAACAAACAACCGAAUAAGCAGUGGAAGAAAUCACAAACAUCCACGAAUCCAAAAGCUGCUCUCAAGUCUAAGAUAGUGGCUGAAUUUCGUUCUCAGGCCCUCAUUGAAGAGCUGCUGCUGUACAAACGCGCAGAGGAUCAGAUAGAGCUGAAGGAGAAACAGCUGUCGACAAUGAGGGUGGACCUGUGCAGCACAGAGACUCUCAGAUGCCUAAAAGAUAAGACAGGUGGGAAGAAGUUCUCCAAAGAAUUUGAAGAGGCAAGCUCUAAGCUGGAGGAGUUUGUGAAUGGAUUAGACAAACAAGUGAAAAAUGGGCCUUCACUAACAGAAGCACUAGAAAAUGCUGGAAUUUUCUAUGAAGCACAGUACAAAGAAGUGAAAGUGGUGGCUAAUGCAUACAAAACCUUUGCUAACCGAGUGAACAAUUUAAAGAAGAAACUGGAUCAACUAAAGUCAACCCUUCCGGACCCUGAAGAGUCCCCAGUCCCUUCCCCAAGCAUGGAUGCCCCCUCCCCAACUGGCUCGGAGUCUCCUUUUCAGGGGAUGGGAGGUGAGGAAUCCCAGUCCCCAGCCAUGGGGAGUGAGAAGUCGGCCACGCCGGAGCCUGCCACGGACAACCGCGACGUGGAGGACAUGGAGCUCUCGGACGUGGAGGACGACGGCUCCAAGAUCAUCGUAGAAGACAGGAAGGAGAAGCCUGUGGAGAAGUCGGCUGUCUCCACGUCUGUCCCUGCAAAGCCCACAGAAAGUGUCCUGAAGGCCUCUCCCUGCGCCCCGGGGCCUGUGGCCUUGACGGCAACCCCAGCUCCCCCCAAGCCUGCGAACCCACCCCCGCUGACGCCUUCUCCAGCCUUGGCACUGCCCAGCCUGGCUAACGUGGAUCUGGCGAAGAUCAGCUCCAUCCUCAGCAGCCUGACAUCGGUCAUGAAGAACACCGGGGUCAGUCCUGCAUCGAGACCGUCUCCAGGCACGCCCAGCAGCCCCAGCAACCUCACCGCCAGCCUGAAGGCACCCGCGCCUCCAACCACGACACCCCACAACCCCCUGGCGAACAUCCUCUCGAAGGUGGAGAUCACCCCGGAGAGCAUCCUGUCCGCCCUCUCCAAGACCCAGACGCCUUCGGCGCCAGCACUGCAAGGCCUGUCGUCUUUGCUUCAGAGUGUGACGGGGAACCCCGCUCCAGCCAGCGAGGCUGCGCCCCAGAGCGCCGCAGCGUCCCCCGCCAGCACCACCGUCUCCAGCGUGAAAGGGAGAAAUCUGCCCCCCGCCACCCCCGCCUUUCUGCCCAAGAGCUUCGGCUACUCUCCGAACUCGGUGGCUUCUGAAGUCUCCUCGGCUCCCGCCAGCAAGGCCUCCGUGGGGCCAGGCCCGGGGCUCCCGAGCACGACUUUCAAGCUGCCCUCCAACUCGCUGGGGUUUACGGGCCCCCACAGUGCCAGCUCUGCCGCGCCCCCCGCCGAAGUCGCCAUGUGCCAACCUCCCGACAUCUCCAAGCCAAAGCUGGAGUCCGAGUCCACCUCCCCCAGCCUGGAAAUGAAGAUCCACAACUUCCUGAAAGGUAAUCCCGGUUUCAGCGGCCUGAACCUGAACAUCCCGAUCCUGAGCAGCCUGGGCUCCGGCGCCGCGGCGGAGAGCCACUCCUCGGAAUUCCCGCGUGGCCCCGCGAGCACCUCCGUGGACAACAUCGGCGGGACCCCGGUGCGGGACGAGCGGAGCGGGACCCCCACCCAGGACGAGAUGAUGGAUAAGCCCGCGUCCAGCGGCGUCGACACCGUGUCCUUGCUGUCCAAGAUCAUCAGCCCCGGCUCCUCCACCCCCAGCAGCACGCGCUCGCCGCCCCCCGGCAGGGAGGAGGGCUACCCCCGCGAGCGCGCCGGAGCCCCGGCGGCCUACCGGCCCUUCGGCCUGGGCGGCGAGUCCCCCUACAAGCAGCCCUCCGAGGGCCUGGAGAGGCCGUCGCCCCUGAUGGACGCCUCGCAGGAGAAGUUCUACCCGGACACUUCCUUCCAGGAAGACGAGGACUACCGAGACUUCGAGUACUCGGGGCCCCCACCCUCUGCCGUGAUGAAUCUGGACAAGAGGCCGGCCCGCUCCAUCCUGAAGGCGAGCAAGCUCUCCGACGGCCCCGAGUACCCGCCGGCCCCGUCCGGGUACAGCCACAGGGCCCAGGGCUUCGGGGCCAAGGCCGCCUUCCCCCCGUCCGUGAGGGCCCUCCUGGACGCCGGCGACAGCUGCGACCGCCUCCCGUCGUCCCCUGGGCUCUUCGGUGCCUUCAGCGUAAGGGGGACUGAGCCUGGGUCUGACCGGUCACCCUCACCGAGUAAGAAUGAUUCGUUUUUCACCCCCGACUCCAACCAUAAUAGCUUGCCUCAGCCUGCCACCGGGCACCCCGGUCUGCCGCAGAAGCAGUACCCAGACUCUCCUCACCCCGGCCCACACCGCUCCCUUUUCUCUCCGCAGAACCCCCUGGCCGCUGCCUCGGGCCGCCCACCCGCCUCAGGCAUGGAGAAGGCCCUGGCCUCCGCCAUUUCCGCCACGUCGACGAUUGAGUUUAAGAACAUGCUUAAAAACGCCUCCCGCAAGCCCUCGGAGGACAAGCAUUUUGGCCAGGCCCCUGGCAAGGCCGCCCCGGGCGAGGGCGCGGGCCUGCCCGCCCCGGAGCAGCAGCAGGAGGAGCACUUCCGCAUCGAGACGCGCGUCUCCGCCUGCCCGGACGUGCCCGCCAGCACGGAGGAGAAGGGGGCCCCCAUCGAGACGCUGGGCUACCGCCACGCGCCCAGCAGGAGGAUGUCGGGGGAGCCCAUACAGACCGUGGAGUCCGUCCGCGUGCCCGGGAAGGGGGGCCGAGGCCACGGGCGCGAGGCCUCGCGGGGGGGCUGGUUCGACCUGAGCUCCUCGGGCGCCUCUUUUGACAACGGCCCCUCGAGCGCCUCUGAGCUGGCGCCCCUCGGGGGUGGGAGCAGCGGAGGCCUCGGGAGCUUCAAAGCGUCGUCGUACAAGGACCGGGCACCCCAGUUUCAGGAGAGUGUCGGCAGCUUCCGUUCCAACAGUUUCAACUCGACGUUUGAGCAUCGUCUCCCCCCAGCCCCCCUGGAACACGGGACGCCCUUCCAGAGAGAGCCCGUGGGGCCGGCGCCGGCCCCGCCCGCGCCUCCUCAGGAGCACGGCGGCGUCUUCCCCCGGGACGCGCCCGCCCGCCUGCCUUCCGUGGACCUCUCCAGCCCCUUCACGAAGGAGGCGGCGGCCCUGGCCCACGCCCCGCCCCCGCCCCCCGGAGAGCACAGUGGGGUUCCUUUCCCCACCCCGCCCCCGCCCCCUGGGGAGCAUAGCAGCAGCAGCGGUGGGAGUGGUGUCCCCUUUUCUACUCCGCCCCCCCCGCAGCCCCCCGUCGACCACGCCGGGGUGGUCCCCUUCUCGGCCCCGUCGCUGGCCGAGCACGGAGUGGCGGGGGCGGUGGCGAUGUUCCCCAAGGACCAUAGCUCCCUCCUUCAAGGGACCCUGGCGGAGCAUUUUGGGGUGCUCCCAGGACCCAGGGACCACGUGGGCCCCACCCAACGGGACCUCAACGGCCCUGGCCUUGGCCGUGUGCGCGAGAGCCUGAGCCUGCCCUCCCAUUCUCUGGAGCACCUGGGCCCGGCCCACGGAGGCGCAGGUGGGGGAGUCAGCAACAGCGGCAGCGGCGCCCCCCUGGGUCCCUCACACAGAGACACCAUCAGCCGGAGUGGCGUGAUUCUGCGCAACCCCCGGCCGGACUUCCGGCCGAGGGAACCUUUCCUCAGCAGAGAUCCGUUCCACAGUCUAAAGAGACCCAGGCCACCCUUUGCUAGGGGCCCUCCAUUUUUUGCACCAAAACGCCCAUUCUUCCCUCCCAGGUACUGAUGGAAGCCAAGGGAAAGGCGCCGGACAGUCUAGAGAGCUGUGGAAGUAGGAGUUUGGAUUAUCCACGUUUGUUUUCCCUCCUUUGACUUACUGUUUUUUAUUAUGACAAAGGGCCUCCCUUCCCACUAGGUCAUACUCGCUCACGUCUCACUGUUCCAUCCGGUCCUCCCUCCUGCCCGCUGCACUUAACCCCAGUUGUUUGUAUUUUUAAAGGUGGGGGGGGGGAGGACACGGCAAAGAAACCUAACCCGAGCCGCUUCCUCAGGCCGGGGGCUUGAGGGGCCGGGAGGAGGACAAGUCUCGUUUUACCCCAUCUAUUGAAGAGGAUUAUUAACAUUUGAAAUAAAACUUCCAUCAGUGCAGAGAACAUCGUGAAAUGUUGGGGUGUUAUUUGGGGCUUGGCUGUAGUAGCCCAGGAAGGGUUCCUGCCCCCUUCCCUCUCCAGCCGAGGCGGCUGGGGGCGGCUGGGGCCCCUCGUGGGCCUUGGGCCCUGUGCCUUGCGCGCUGGCCGGCCGGUGUGGCGAGGGGUUUGGCCUGGCGAGCGCCGUGCCUCGGCUCCCUCUGCAGGGGAGUGUGGGCCUGGACUUCGGUCCUUUCUUUCCUGUCUUUAAGUCGGCCCUUGGAAGGUGCUGUCAGGUAGCGCCGAGAAGCCCCUGCUGUCAUUUUCUUCUACUAAAAAAUUGCCUCUCUGUCCUUAGAAUCAAGAGAGGGGACUGGCUAUAAUUUCAAGGUUUAGGGGAACCGCUGCAAAGGAGCCCCAGCGAGGAGCCUUCCCGGUGUGCCGUGCUGCCUGUCCUCCGUGGCGGGGGGCGGCAUGGCUGAGGGGCUGCUCGGGUCUCUCAGGCUCUUCAGCUUUCCCGUCAUUCUCUCUCCCCCUCCAUUUUCACUUCCGCUUGGACCAGAAGUCACUAGAGCCGACAGGUGAUACGAGAGUGCAGCUGUCGUGUCCGCCCUGUGUUUUCAGCGUAGGAAGUAGACACUUCACGGGGCCUCCCGUGCUGGUACUUGGCGCCUGUUGCUGGUGUUGGAAGGAGGCUCAGCAGCAUCUUUCUGUUCUGUGGCGUUAGGUGUGUGUUAGUGACGUGGGUGUUUUGCAAACAGAAGGACCCCCGGCCGCGCCCGCGCAGCUGGCCUCACCCACUCCCAGCAGGAAGUCGCUUCUCUGCCACGGGAAGUGCUCCCCCGCCCUGCACUGAAAGACCCCCAGUGUGUGUCCAGCUGGUGCCGGGCCGGGCCCGGCUGCGGGCUUGCUCUCCUGGCCUGCCAGUCAGUGGCCCGCAGCGGCGCUGGCGCUCCAGCCAGGGCCAGGCCGUGUGGGUCUGGUCAGGAAGCUGCACGCUGCCCAUUUCCUCCCGUCAGCGUGGCGCUCGCUGGUGGACGGAGCUGGCUUUGUCCUCCCGGUGAAGUGUCGGCGUGGCCAUGCAGGGCGGAGGGGCUCCGUCCCGGCCCACGCGCUGCGCACGUGAGGAGCCCCCGAGGCCGGGGUGCGCCGCACUGGGGCGCUCUCCCGAAACUGGCCCGAGUUCCUUGCUUGGCGCCUGUGUUCCGUGGGGAGCGCGGCAGGUGGGCUUCCUGAUGGCUUCUGGUCCCGCGCUUCGGCCCCGCGGGUCUGUCCCCCCACGAGCACGUCCCGUGACCUCGAGCGGGAGGGGAUGGGCCGCGUAGCGGAACAGGAACUACAGUUACCUUGAGUCCUGAGACAUUUGUUUAGGGAAACGCGUAAGAGAAUGGGGUGAAGGGGGAGAGCGCCGUCCGACCACUGAAAUAGUGUUUUUUUCCCAGAAAGUAGGUGGGAUGUUUUUCACUCUAGAAUAAAAGAAUGUGAAUUCUUCUGCUGCUCUUGUUAAGCUAAAAGUAGUGUUUACUUACGAGGCUCUCUGACCGUUUGAUUUUAUCAGGAACGUGGGGAUGUCGGAAGCGGCUUCCUGCGUGUGGGGCAAGUGUCGCCGUCAGGCGCAGGGGCCGAGGCGCGGAGGACUGUACCGUGCACUGUCCAGAAGGGGGCUUCCAGGUGCUGGGGGCUGGGGUGCAGUGUUCGCUUCUCUGAAGCCACAAAAUCCUCAGUGCUCUGUUUUGGAGUGGAAGUGGGGAUUUGCCGGUGACCGUCAGCUGUUGACUAAAGAAAAUCUGUCCACAGCCGUGAACGAAGACAACAAUGUAUAUAUGUGAUGUAAUGGGGAAAAGACAAUUCUGGUAUUCAUAACGUGAAACAGAGGGCUUUAUUCUCUGUGUCUGUGAUUUCAAAGCUCCGCGCCCGUGCCCUGACUUUUGUAUUUCAACCUGAGUAAAAUAAUAAUAAUAAUAAACAAGAUAUUUUUUAAAGAAAGCAUAACAUAGUGUGUCUUGGCGAGGACAUGAUUCGUGUGCAAAUAAAAACCGAAGCUGUAGCCGAGGUCGGUGGCCUCUGCAAAUCACGGCGGUGCCCGGCAGGCCCGAGCGGGCCUUCCAGCCCUCCGAGCUCAGAGCACUCCCUGCUCCCCGGCCCUUCGGAGCGGAGAAUAAGUAGAAUUGGGUUUGAUUUCAGGGAGGGCUCGGUGGUCGGGAACAGGGUUUGGCUCCGCUUCUGUCGCCGCAGACUCGGCCGGCGGGGUGGGAGCGGCCCCGCGGUCGGCCCAAGCCAGUGGUUCUCGCAGAACUAAGCUCCAGCUGUCACCGUUUGGAAGCCGCUGUAAACUACUGCUUUCCCCCCUUUUUCCCUUCUGUCCCCCUCUUUAUUUGGAGUGGGUGGGUGUUAAGAGUAAAACUAGCUAUGUUGGGUUGAUAUUCUCACGUGUUCGGUGUGGAAAGCAAGUACGUGCGUUAGAGGCGACAAAAAUGAAAUCCUUUUGAAAUGUGUAUUAAUAUCAUUUAAUAAAACAACUA